AGCCAUUUUCAGCUCGUUUGAUUGGUUCAAAGUUGUGUGCGAUGGGGUGCCUUACAAUAUGUAGUGUGUUGGUCCCACUGCUGGCCAUUGUUGCCCCGAUUGCAAUGAGUGCAGCAUUUGAUGGCCGAUUUUGGGAUGUCUUCCCAGCAUGGGAUGUGAAGGACAUGCCCGACCUGUCUGGAAAAGUUGCCAUCAUCACUGGUCCAACAGUUGGAGGUAUUGGCUUCGAGUCCGCUGCUGAAAUGGCGAAGAAGGGUGCCCAGGUGAUUUUGGCGGGACGCAGUGAAGCGAAGGGCAAUGAAGCGCUCAAGCUGCUUCUGCAGCGAAUUCCACACGCGAAGGCCGAGUUCAUGAAACUUGAUUUGGGCAGCUUGCAGAGCGUCAAAGACUUUGCAGACCAAUUUGGAGCCAGGAAUUUGCCUUUGCAUAUUUUGCUCAACAAUGCUGGGGUGAUGGCCAAUCCCUUCACACUCACCGUCGAUGGUCUUGAAAGCCAGUUUGGCACUAACCACAUUGGGCAUUUUCUGCUGACCAAGCUGCUUCUGCCACAUUUGGAGGCAUCAGCACCUUCUCGCAUAGUCACUGUGAGCUCUGCCGCAGCCUUCAUCCCGGAAACUCUGAAAAGCAUUGAAAUGCUCGGCUGCUUCAAGUAGAUUUACUGGCCUGGUUGACGCAGCGCCAGCCGUGGACUUUGACAGACUUGGAGCCGACUACGAGGCUGUCUACAGCCCCUUUAAAGCUUAUGGGCGUUCCAAGCUUGCCAACGUUCUCUUCACACGAGCUUUGGCCCGGCGGCUGGAAGACAAAAAGGUUUAUGCCAACGUCUGCCACCCGGGGGGCAUCCAUACAAAUCUGGCAAGACACGUGCAAAAGCACUCCGUGGCAAGUUGGGGGGAAAUGAUGAACAUUGCCUUCAACAUUCUGCAGGAGAGCGUGUUAAUGACAUCUCCCCGAGGUGCCGUGACUCAGCUAUACCUAGCAACGUCCCCAGAUAUCGAGAGCAAGAACAUCCGGGGGCAGUAUUUCCGACCACAAGCACUUCAUAGGGAUCCUCCCAAGUUCUCAACAAAGGAACUGGAGGAAACACUCUGGGCUUUGUCAGAGAAACUUGUCCAAAAGUAUGUAUGAAGCCCAAGGUACGUAGCUCAAACAGCUAAGAUCUAUUUGCGGUGCAAGAAGUUCACCCAUGCUUGGCCAAUGUCAAGCCAAAGUGCUCGAUGUUCAGUUGUUGGACAAUGCCGGACAUGUUCUGUGGAUCGGCUAUUUUUGGU